UUCGCAUUGAUAAAACGAAAAAAGUAUGUGAAGAAAAUAAAACGGGAAAUUAUACGCAAAAAAAACUCAAUUGCAAAUGCUAAAAAUAAUUGUGCAAUCAUCUCUGUUUUGCCAUCGUAUUCGUCUGCGUCGUCUUUGUUGUCCCAGGUGUUGCGAGUGAGAAUAGAUCGUGCGUUUCGAGUUGUGCUAGAGGUGUGGUUCUCUCGCCAUUAUUCACCAUCCAUCCGUCAGGUAACUAGAAUUGGAAUCGCCGUGAACAGGAGCACAACGGAGUCGGGAGUUCCCCAUUCCGGAACUGUGGUGGAAUGGAUGAUGUGGAUACGGCUAGCUUCGCGGGGCUACGCGACAAAAAUGAGAUCAUCAGCAAGUAUCUGGAGCAGUUGAAUCAACUGAAACAGCUGGCUGCGAGGCGGGGGCGAAUCAACGAGGCGGAAUUCAAUCGCUACCUGAUUCGACAUUACUUUCACAAUAAUAACAUUAUCAAUUAUAUCUUUGAUAAGAACACCAGCCGGAUUCUGCUCAAGACGGUCAUCGACCGAAAGAAAAAGAUUAUCAACUUUAUCUUCGUGCUGCUGACAUUGUUUAUUGUGUUUUCGUACAAACAUGAAGUGUCGACGGUGGUGCUGCGGAACAUCCAGAGCUUCAUCUAUCCGGGAAUGCGGGUGUGGCGGAAGGUAACCGUACCGAUCAUCGCCAACUACCCGUCGCUGACGGAAUACUACGACGAGAGCUGCCUACUGACGAAUCCGUACUUCCAAGUGGAGAACCUCAACUGUGAUCCGUGCGCGGACGUAGCCAACGUACUGGAUCUGACCAGUAUCGACCAUGUGGCGGUCAAUUAUCCGUAUAUUUUUAAGACGCAGAAGGAACUAGUCGACAUUAACCGAUUGCAAGCGCUGUACGAACAGAACCGUGCCAUUUUUACCAAGGAUGCGUACAAAAUCCAAUCGACGCAUACCGAGAUCCGCAAUCUGGACGAUCUGUUCCGACACUUUGUGAACGCUAGUCAGCAGGUGGAGAGUCACAGCGUGUGGCGCUGUAACCGGAUGGCACCGGCACGGUUACUGAGGUCAAUUUUCCCCCGACCGGCGCGGCUUCCCGCCACAGGAGUCAGUCUGGAGCGGUACCUAGUAGUGGACACUCCGCAGGCACCACCGUACCGAAUUCCGGACGCCGAGUGUGCCAACAUGUUCGUCAUCCAGGGCUACGGAAGCCGGACGUUUCUGCUUCGACCGACGCAGGAAUGCCGGCACCGGUGUCGAACCCUGUCCGUACGGCUGCCCGCCAGCUACGGGUUAAUCUACAACUGGUGGUACUGGAAACCGAUCUCGCUUCCCGAACAGUACGCCAAAACACCCUCCGUCAGCUACAUCGGGUCCUACUGCUGAAUAAGUGCUGUUCGUAGUGAGACCAGUGCAAAAGCAGCAGCAGCAGCACAAGACACCAUCUCACCGAAGCCAAAAUGCAUUCAAAGUAGCUCUUUCAGGAAACGUACAACCGGAAUAUUGCUAUUUAUGUUGUGACGCAGAGGUGCUAAAUGUCAUAAACAUGUUUGGGGGAAAAAUGUUGGUGAAUUUUUUUUCCCUCAUACAAUUUAGUGGUGACAUCUCGUGCAGUAAAAAUGUACACUUACCACCUAUGUGAGUGACAGAGCAGACCAAAAGCACUUGUGUAAGUAUCUUCAUCGUUUUCUCUUUUUCAUUUAUUUUACGAUGACGUGAGAUUAGCCGUAUUAGUCGUAAGGGCGUCGUGCGCGUGUGUGUGUAUGUUUAGGCCGAUUUGACUUUAGUUAAAUGUUUUACGUGUACUUUUUGUAAUGCAUGGUUCACAUUGUUGUAAUAAUAAUUGACAAGCAAAAUGGCAUCAAGGUAGCCUUCUGAUACAUGUUAUAACUCGCCAAUGUGAACCUGCUAUAAGAUAAGCAGACAGCGUCGUCCAAGGGGAAUUGCCCCUAGUACAACCAAGAUUUAAAGAAAAAAAAUGUUUUCGAAUCUUGAAUGUAGUAUUUAAUUCUUGUCUCGAAAUUACAAUGGACUGUUUUCAAACGAAAAGCCUGCAACUCUUCACAACUCUAUCGGUCCUAUAUUUUUUUCUAAGUCUUAAGAGGUAUCUAACAAUCAUUCUAGAUUAAAUUAUCAAUCGCCUUACAUUUAGAAACAGCUUAUUUAUUUAUUAAAACCUUAAUUUAUCCACAUAUGGUGAGAUCUGACCCUUCCUACGAAAUUUAAAUUCGGACAAAAAAAUGCUCCAAUUAUUGUUUAUUGAAUAGAUAAUGUCAGACAAUUUCUGAAUAAUGCCAAUAUGGGACCCUUUUAAUCCACGGUGAAUAAUUUGAUUUGAUGUUUCGCAUGAUGUAUUUUAUCCAAGUCAGACUUUGGCCACUUCCCCACCAGGUGUAACCAAUAUGACUCCCAGCAUUCAAUCUGACCAAUGGCCUUUGACCAUCCUCUUCAUCAGUUCACGUGUGAUUUGAUGUGUAGCAUUAUGGAUUUAGCAUAUGUCAAUGUCUGGCCACUUCCAGCGUUGUAAAGUGUCACCUUCAAUCAACAAAAUGGAGAGUUUCACUAGCCACCUGAUGUGAAUAUCAGAUCCUCUAGUGUCAAUAUCUUUGUCACAAUGUUAUGGCGAGAAUGACUUGAUAAUCGUGAUGCAAAUAUUUCUCACUGGUGUCAGCAAAUCGGUUCCAGAAAAAAAAGCUCAUCGAGUAAUUUCUUGAUACACUUGAUACACCUAUUCAUUAGACUGAUGCAACUUUUGAAAAAUUCGCUCCACAGUGCUCAAACGGCUUCAGAUAGGGUCCUGAUUAGCCUCCCAAAAAUUGCACUCUAUUGAUAAGAAACUGAAUUGGCGAUUUGAAGUUUAUAUGGGUGAAAAAACAAAUCUUUGAUUCAUAUCUAUCUAACAAAAAAUAACCAUAUUGCUCUGCUUUAAAAACUUACUGACCAUUUUCCUAAUACUUUGAAAAAACUGUUUAAUUUUAUUUUUUUCUUCGAUUUCAAAGUACUUUAUGACAACCGACCGAUGCGUUGCAUAGCAACCUAGACUACAUAAUAAGAUCGUGGUAGGGCUUUCCUUUUUGAAUUUUCUUUGUUAUUGUUGGAUCCCAGCAAUCAUUGGACACGCAAUCCAAUCAGAGUAACCUUUGAAUUAAAUAUUUUGUCACCUGACGAUUAAUUUCGAAUUAGACUUCCAAUAAAGAUAGACUUGUUACAACCGCUCAAGAUCAUUUUAUUCCGGAAGUACAGGACAUAACAGUUAUCAUGAUCAAUUGACCCUGGAGUACGUCAAUUGAUGCGGCUUCUGGACGAGUCUGCAAAACGUGCGAAUAAGACGAGCCACGUGGAGGAAAAUUCUGGGGAAUCGGCUUUCGCUGGGAAUAAGGCUGGCUUCAAGUGCUUCGAAUGUGGUCGUUUCGGGCACAAGCGUGUCGUCAUGUUGCGGCGAAGGAACGCGAGAGGAAUCUCAAACCGAAUGGAAGAGGUAAACGAAAGUAGAAGGGCAAUGCAAAUGUCACUUGCGAAAAUGAGGCGUCGUUUAUUGCUGCUACGGGUAAUAAAAUAGACAAAGCAAAGUUUGAUUAUUUGGUUCUACAUCAACAGACUGGGUUUAGUCCUAAUGAUGGAUUAAGCAAUACUAGGAAAUACAAUAUAGUCAAGAAGUAACAAGCUCCAAAGGCCGUGAAGUCCAACUUAAUUUCUAAUUCUUAAAAAUAUAUCACGGAAUCUCUGACGCUGCGUCUCGCGUGCCAAGUGAAAAUCAAAUAAGGAAGCAAAACGAUUGAAAACCCUUUGUAGCCCAUUGAUAGCACCAUACGAACUAUAGUUUGUACGACGAAAAGGUAUUCUCAGCAUUGCGUUGUUACGGAGUGCUCGUGGUUGAACGUUAACGUCGAUUUGUUGUAGAAUAGAAGGACAAUUGAUUCUGCCCUGUAGAAUGGCUGCCACAAACAGGGCCCUUGUCGUAUCUCUUCGAAUCCACACCGACUUUCGUAGCUUGGUAGGCGAUGAGGAUCCCUCCAAGAUGAAUCGUCGUUGAAUAGACUCUACUCUUUGUACACUGUUUUGGUAAUUGGGAUUCCAUACAGGGCAGCAGUAUUCUAACACCGACCGGACGAGAGAGCAGUAAAGCGACUUCAAACAGUAGAUGUCCGUGAAACUUUUAGCUAUCCUGGAUGCUUUGUCGAUCACGUACGAGAUAUGCUGACUGUAUGUGAGUUGACAAUCUAAGAUGACUCCCAGAUCCUUAAUGUGAUUCACACGAUGUACGUCAACGCCCUCUAGGAUAUAACUGAAUGUAAUUGGAUGUUUCUUCCAUCAGAACGUGGUUACUGAACUUUUUGUUGGAUUUACAACCAUGCGAUUCAGUUGGCACCAAUUAACAAAAGUGUUGAGUUGGAGUUGGAGAAGGAGGCAGUCAGCGAUGGCUCGGAUUCGGAGAUAGAGUUUCAUGACGUCUGCGAACGACAGUCGUGGACCGUCGAGGACGAACUUGACGUCGUUGAAAUACACAAUAAAUAUCAACGGGCCGAGGUGGCUACCGUGCGGAAUACCCGAAGUGGCAGGGAACGAAGGAGAUCGGCAGUCGUCGAUUGCAACUUCCAACUGACGAUCAAAUAGAUAGAAUGCGAACCAUCGUAGAAGACUGUCGUUUAUACCGAGCCUAUUUAGUUUGGCGAUCGCUGUCGCUAUUCGCAUAACAGUCCUAUGUAGAUAGGAAAUCCAUAGGACAUGGGACUGUUAUGCGAAUAGCGGCAGUAUAGGAUGGUUCAACUUGUCGAAGGCGGCUGACAGGUCAGUGUAAAUGACAUCUGUUUGCAUAUGGUCUGUCAUACUCUCCAUAAUGUACGAGGUGAGACACAGAAGGUUGGAAGUAGUCGAUCGCACUGCCAUGAAACCAUGCAGAUCUUCACUCAAGUGCUGCUUGAAGUGAGAGACUAAUGGUUCCAUAAUGACCAACUCGAACAGUUUAGAUAUGGCACACAACGAUGUGAUGCCGCGAUAGUUGUCGAUGUUUCUUUUGCAUCCCUUCUUAUGCACUGGAAACAUAUCAGCUGAUUUCCAGCAGGAAGGAAACACCCCACUGGAGAGGGACAUUUCGAAUAGAAGGCAGAGAGGAGCCACCAGGCUAUCGAUGUGUUGCUUGAGAAAGACGGAAGGAACUCCAUCAGGUCCAGGCUUAAAUGAAGACUUCAGUUGCGAAGCCGCCUUAGUUAUUAUAGCGAGUUCAAUGUUGAAAGCUGCCAAAGAUUGACCAGACAUUGGAACAUUACUGGCUGCUAGAGAAACGUGCUCGUCAGGUAGGUUCUCAUCCGAGAAUACACUCGCAAACUUGGUUGAGAACAGACGGCAAAUGUAUUGAGGGGAUGAAGCUUCUUCGCCGUUCAGUACCAUAGUCGAUGGAAGACCAGACUCCUUUCGUUGCUCAUUCACAUAAUUCCAAACAGUUUUCGGGUGAGCUCGAAGCUUCCGUUGAACAUCUCGUUGAUAAUCCUCGCAUAAUGGUCCUUGAGUUGUAGGGUGUGGUACUUGGUGUAUUUUCUUAGCGCGGCUCUUUUGGAAGACUUUUACAUACGGAGUUCACUUGUUUGCCAAGGAUGAUUAUUACCUUGUUUAGGAACGUGUCGCUCAAUGACGUAAGCCAAAAUAUGCGAGAGCGUUUGUCCAAAUUCAAAAGAAGUUCACCAAUACUGUCGUGGUCAGCAUUUCGGAAAUCGUAGGAGACCUCUAGGGGUGGAAUGACCUCAGGAAUUUGGUUACAUUCAAGUGCAAUAACUGAAGGAGGAUGGUGUGGAACAGUCUUUAUCAACGGAGAAACAGCCAUAGACAAAUGCGAAGCACUACCCUGAGCGGUGACGAAGCAAAGGUCUAAGCUACGAUUGUUCUCAUUAACCACGUGGUUGAUUUGCUUCAGAGUGGCGAUACUGUAAUGAUCCAAAAGGCUUACAGCUCCAGAGGGAAAUGUAGAACGGUCGUGGUCCGGAUACAGGAAUCCACCGUAAGAUGAUCGCCAAUAAAUUGCCGGUAGAUUGAAGUCGCCAGUUAACGCAUUGGUAGUGUUCGUGCCGAACCAGAGGACUUAAACACAAGCUGUCCCGAGUUUGUGUAACCACGCGAAGGUUUACUUACCACGCCGAACGGUUUGGAUGGUACGAUGUUGCCCUGCCGGGACUGCUGGAGCGAGUCCUUUUUUUUCUCGAUUCUAUCAAACAAACUGUUCGAGACGCUAAGACAGUUAUUCUCCUAAAUUGAGAGACUGUUACAAUAGCUUGGUUCAGAAUUUUGAUAGACCGAAAAGGAGUGCCUUCAGCAUCAGGUUUUUGGACUUUGAUUUUAGACCGAGGACUGAACUUCUCACUAUAUUAGAGAUUCUGGUCUCAACAGUGGUCUAAGCUUAAAACCUGAUGAAGGUACUGGAUGGAAGGAAUUCGCAUCUUAACAGAUCGACAAACGAUUUAAGACUAACGAAAACAUUCAGUUAAUAAGUUGGAAAUUUGCCUUAUAUAGGGGUUUGAGUCUAGAAAUAUUAGUCUCCUGCUAAGAUCUUCCUAACGUAAUGUUGAUAAGAACGAAAGAGUCAAAAAUUAUUCCUAAUCUAAACUUUAUCCAUCGUUCUCCUUCAAGAUCAUGUGAUGCAUUUGGGACCAACGCAAUCCGACUCCAACGCAGCGCCUUUACCUUUACUGGCGAAAGCGUAUAGUUUCCCCACUGACGAACAGACAUAGCACAUUGGAUUAUUUCUCACUGUAAAACAUCGUCGCUAAAACAUAUCCGCCAUGUGUUGAGUACACUGUGGUGGGUAGUACGCUGUACAGAUGGCGGUAGUGUGAAAACGUCAAACGCAAGGGAAUUGACUAUGCGCCAACUAAGAUACUUUUAAAUUGGCCGAUAAAUGCUUGUUCGAUGAACAUCUUGCGAGUGUUAUGUCUGUUUGUCUGUGGUUUCCCUAUGCUGAGUUUAUUUUUUGUUUUAUACUGCGUUGGGUACAUUCUACGGAGCAAACGAGAGCGUACCGCUUAUGCGUUCUCUUAUUACAUAACAUUGACCUAGAAUAUUGUGUCAUUUUCGUUGCUCUCGUGUUCAUUGAACCUGGCUAAGCGAAGGGAUGAUGGAACAGAACAGCUGUUUAUAUUUGACUUUGAACUUUUAUUUCUUUGCAUCGUCUUGAGUGAUUCGAGAACGUUCUUCAAUUAUUGCUAAUUUAUCGCAUUCACAACAGGUAGAUUGGGUAAAAGAGAACAAUGAAAAUUUAAAAAGGCAAAGCCUACCACGACCUUAAUAUCUGAUCUAGGUUACUAUGCAACGCAUCGGUCGAUUGUCAUUUAACACCUCCGUUCAACCGAAAAGCCAUAGCUUGUUUCGCAAUUUUUCAAAGGUUCCCUUGACAGUCCUUUCGUAAAAAUAUCAGUGUAAAUAAUAAAGUUACAUAGAAUGUUGACAUGUGUCAUCUGCUUGUGAUCCCGUGGUUCUUCAGCAAUCCGGAUGCAAGACUGGUUGUCCUCAAAUAACGGUAUCGGAUGAUGAAAGAUGUCUCCAAGUUGUUCCAACAAGUUCUUGAGUCAAAUAGUCUCACAGAGAAUGUUAUGCAGGUUCAACCGAGGAUGUACAUACGGCGGGGAUGGCGUUCGCAUUUAAUGCGGAGGCAUUUGUAGAGGACCUACCGUCAACCAUAGACGGUCUUCGUCUUUCAUUUAUUUAACGUCGGUCUCUGUUCCGCAAACUAGUGCCAAUCACUGUCGGGCAUCUAUUGCCAUCCAUUGACGGCAAUCAAAUGUGCAGGAACUUCCACACCUGCGUAGGACACACGAGCCGGGACCAACGGCUUUACUUCUCUUCUGAAGGAACACGUGACCAGAGAUUUUAUACCUAAGAAAAAUCCCACCGAGCUCGGCUGGAAGUGAACCCAGACCGAUUGGGGUGAGAAAGCAGUCACGCUUUCCUUUGACGGUCUACAGAAGCGGAGUGACUGGAUCCAUUGGAAAGCUGCAAUCAACGGUGAACUAGAAUCGUUCCGAAGUCAGCGCGAAAGAACAUCGUAGACUGCAAAUGGGUCUUCAAGGUGAAGUGUGAUGAAGCUGGAAAUGUAGAUCGCUUCAGGGCUCGACUAUAGUCACUAUAUUUAUAGUCUGGCGGAUAGCAUUUCGAUCUAUUCAAAAGCGGAACCAAUUCAAUAUAUGAUACAAGUUCUCCGGUAGUGGUAGAGCAGAACUACCAUGGGGCGGACCAAGACUCAAAUACUAAGGCCAAUUGCACCAACAAAUCUUCAAAGGUACACAAAUUAUCAUUUUAUAGCUUAUAUUUUGUGCCCCCCCAUUGGUCCCUUACAUUGUGUACAUUUAUGCUCUCAUUGUGCCUACCACCUGUUCUUUCCAACUAGUCCAAUCUGUCUAGCUUAACUUUAUUACUCACGGUACCGUGGACGUGACCUAUCGGAUUGCCGACUUCUUCACGAGGUCUGCCCGUUCGUUUUGAAUUGUUUGACUGCGCUUCGCUGAACGCUGUUCCACACACGUGGGGGCCGUUGGCGAAGUCGUGCAUCGUUCGUGUCCGCCGACUCCUUGAUCGGCGCUGGUGCUUUGCAGAGGGAAGUGGAUGAAGCAAAAACUUGAACGAGAAACCAAAAAAACGACCCUGAAGGGUACAUCCGUUACCAUCUGUCAACCAAAAAGGGUACAAUGUAACUAACCCGUCGUGGGGUCGUUUCCUCCUGAUAUCGGUCCUGGUUGACUGGACUUGCUUCCAGUUUGCUAUCGGUUGGCCACUGAAUGGCGGUGUCGUUCUGAAGCGCGUUCUGAAUCGUGCCUGACGGAAAAAAAGUAAAUGCCCGUCAGUGACGGCAAGUUGUUGGUUUCGAGAUUUCCCCUUACCGGUUGUGAUUAACGGGUUGCCGGUUGCUCUCGUAUCCGCAACUGCAAUGGUAAAACUACUUCCAACCGCUCGUUUGCUCUCGUCCAAAUGGUACCGCCUGCCCUGAUAUCGUUUGUCGUGCCUGACGGAAUAGGAGUUCUGAUUAACGAGUUGCCAGUUUCACUCGUGUCCGCCACUGCAACAGCAAGGCAACUUCUCGCCGCACGUUUGUUGUUGGCCAACGUUCUUGAGUAACGUCAGCGUUCUGCCUAGUGCCGGCAGAUACUCGGGACCCAGCCUCCGGCCGGUGCUGCCCGGUGUAGCCGAUGGUUACCCUACCGGUGACUAAUGGCUUGCCGACUUGCCUCGCAAUGGAAAAACGACUUCUUCGUCCAGUGUUGGAUCCCCCACGGACGUCUAGCGUAGCAGUCGACCAACGAGUUGCCGCUUAUUGCGCAAUCUGUUUCGUGGCACAAACUCCGCCGGGAUUCCAGAGGUUUUUUCACUGUCCACCACACUCCAGAUAACGAUUCGGCCACUGCCCACACCGAGGCAAAGAACGAGAAACGUGAGCUUCGUUUAGCUCUUCACUACGGUCGGUGACACUAACCCAACUUUCCGAAAACUGCAAUGGCGAAUGAAACCGGAAUCGUACGAGCUGCUGCUGGAACUUUUCCUACAGGGCGGUAUCGCUUUGUGCUUGCCUUUUGCACGUCGUUGUUCGCCGGGCUGCUUUGCAUUGUCGCUUGCGAAGAGGCCUUUUCCUUCGUUGAGCGGUACUUCUGUAUGACAGUUUCGAUGCGCGUUUUGAAUUAUCGGUUGGCGGAGCGAGGGUUGCUGCAUUUAUUUGCUUAAAUGCUAAUGAUGACAUACUCCGGUUAGGUUCCGGUAACAAAAUGUCAUGUAAAACUAACUACAUCGUAACAUAUAUUAUAGACCAACAAUUGAAAAGCUACUAUCAACUUUUAAAACAAAACGUUGAUUCCUCGCCAAUCGAUUGCAAAUUACCAGCAUCAUCGGUAAGGGGAAACUUUUCCCAACCCAAAGAUGGUGUUAGUUUGCGUAGGCGAGCCUUGAGUAACAAGAAAAGGGUUUCCGAAGUUUUGUUCACAAUAGCUGAUGUGCUCUUUUCUGUUGUUGGUUGUGAUUUGCUCGAUUGGUAACGCUAUUUGACCGCUCAAUUGCUUCCCGAGAUUCUUUCCGCCAGACUAUGAAUAUAGCGGCUAUAGGAUCGACUGGUGGCGAAAGGCUACUCGUUGCAGCACGUAAAAUAGAGCACACAAAUCAUGUCACACUGUACAAUACAGUGUUGCCGACAAAACAGUUGCUUGAUCAUGUCAUAAGAUUAUCAAUCUAUUAAAUAAUCAAUAACUAUUUAAUUUAACGUUUGGAUGAAAAACGGUCAUCCGCAAAUUUGUAGCUGAGAAAAUGCUAUAGAACUUUUCAUCAGGACAGUAUGGAAAAAAGACUAGAAGACAAUUAACAAAAAGUUUGGUUUUCCCACAGUAAUUUCCAUAUAAACUUCAAAUGGUUUGUGCCAAGUCAGUUUCUUACCAGAUGAGUUUAAUUUUUGGGAGGCUGAUCAAGAAUAGAUUUGAAGCCGUUUGAGCACUGUGGAGCGAAAAUUUAAAAUGUUGCACCAGUCCACCACUAUUCAAUGCAUGCAAUUGGAGCAUAAGGCUUAACACACAUUAUCAACAUAGGCCCUUAAUUCUAGGUUGCGUGCGACGCUGUCUGCUAAGUCCAAACGUUUUCUAAGUAUAUUUAUUACGACGUACUUCCACUUGAUAAUUUACACUUUCCCCCCUUUUUUACGAUAUUACUCUAAAAUACAAUUUAAAAAAAUAAGAUUCUUUCCCGUUUCAAAUUAUGCUCUCGAGAGAAAAGAAUUCGUUUGACUGAAGAACGAGUUAGUCCACUUGAUUUAACCUAACUGCUAGUUCCCUCUUACUGUGUCUUCUUUUUUUAGUUUAAAUUAAUGCCAAAAAUUAUCCCCAAACCAACAAUAGAAGAAAAAAAAGGUGCGACAAUUAGACGAAAGUAAGAAGAAUAGACGCUUCCUUAGAUAAACAAACAAAAACAAAAGAACACAAACAAGCUAAAAGGAACAAUGCCAUAACAACUCAAUUAUAAAUUAGUGAGAAAAAAAAGAAGUAAAUUUACCCACAAAUGGAAUUAUUGUUUUUCCCGCCAGUGAAUGAUAUUAUUAUUAAUCGAGGUGAUCUUUAUGGUUUAAAUGGGAAUUUUAGUGUAUGCGAAAUUGUCGAUAAAAAGAAAAACAAAAUGCGAGUAGAAUUGUGCAUUUUCCCCCUCCCACUGAUAAACAAGAUAAAUCUUAUUGCAUUUUCCAGCCGAGAGAGAAAGAGAGAGAGAGAGAGAAGUAAACAGUAUACAUAGGGCAGAAAGCGCAAAUGGUUGUAAAUAACAUUAUUAGAUGAUGGGGAAGCAAGUAGUGCAGAUUAUAUUUUUUUGCAGUAAAAGAAAGAAGAAAA